GUGUGCAAUGGCGUUAAUGACUGCAAAGACAACGCGACUUCAGAUGAAACUCAUGAUCGUUGCCCGAAGAACAUAACUUGCCCGGCCAACCAUCUGAAGUGCGAGAAGACUAACAUAUGUGUGGAACCAUACUGGCUGUGCGAUGGUGACAACGACUGUGGCGAUAACAGUGACGAGGACCCUGUGCAUUGUUCUCAGAGAACCUGCCCAACGAAUAGCUUCCGGUGUCCCAACCACAGAUGCAUACCGGCCACGUGGUAUUGUGACGGCGAUGACGACUGCGGUGACGGGUCAGAUGAACCACCAGAGUACUGCAAGUCGGAGGGCCGUACGUGUUUCGGCGAUCUAUUCACAUGCGACAACGGUAAUUGCAUACCGAGGAUUUACAUCUGCGACGGCGAUAACGAUUGUUUGGACAAUUCCGAUGAGGAUAUAAGACACCAGUGCAACAACCGUAAAUGCGAUGAGUCAACCGAGUUCACGUGUCAUGCGAACAAGGCGUGGAAUAGGGCACAGUGCAUACCGAAAAAAUGGCUGUGCGAUGGCGAUCCUGACUGCGUAGAUGGGGCGGACGAGAAUGCUGCGGUGCUCAAUUGCACGACGGUGGCUAACUGCAGUGCGGAUCAGUUCACGUGCGGUAACGGGCGAUGCAUCAACCGUGGAUGGGUGUGCGACCAUGACAACGACUGCGGUGAUGGCACGGACGAAGGCAAGGAGUGUCAUUCGCAGUACAAGACGUGCUCACCCCGCGAAUUCUCGUGCCAGAACUUCAAAUGCAUCCGGAACACGUAUCGGUGUGACGGCGAAGAUGAUUGUGGAGACAAUUCGGACGAGUUCGGAUGCCCGGCAGGUGGCCGAAACGGAACGUCGUCAACGUGCGGUACUGACCAAUUCCGGUGCACCAGCGGGCAGUGUAUCAAUGCUACGUUGGUAUGCAACAAGGUAUCAGACUGCGCGGAUGACAGCGAUGAGCCUGCUCACUGCAACGUGGACGAAUGCGCCAAAGUCGAGCUCAACCAGUGCGCUCAUCGGUGCAUUGACACCCCUACCGGGUUCACGUGCGAGUGCAAUGAGGGAUACAAGUCAGUCUAA